CCUGCCCGUGAGCAAUCUCCCAACUCAUCUCUGAAAUUACUUGGAGUGUUUUUAAACAGGUUAGGUCAUGGCUGUUAUAGGAAGAACGUUUUAUCAAGAGCUUAGACAAAGCUUACAAUGUUUACAGGCACUUCGCGUAGUUGCAAAAAAAAUCGGAACUGCAGCCGCAUCAGAAUCUAUCUCAAAAGACGAGACGUUAAGCAAGAAGGAACGUAAGCCAUUAUCGGACUUGAAACGUGCAAUGCAGGAACAACAGUUUAAAGUACCACUAGAAUAUCGAUUCGUUUAUCCAGAAUUUUUGCCUGAUCCAAAUGUUUCGUAUCGUAAUCAUCUUAGAGAAAAAUUAGAACGACGAGAUAUGUUGGCUCGAAGAAAAAAUGUUCCUAUACCUGAAUUUUAUGUGGGUUCCAUUCUGGCAGUUCAAUACUCGGAUCUUCAUGCACCUGGAAAAACCAAUAGAUUUGUAGGGAUCUGUAUUCAAAGAAAGGGAACAGGAUUAAGAGCUCAAUUCAUUUUAAGAAAUGUGGUAGACAAAGAAGCAGUUGAAGUACUUUAUGAUAUGUAUGAUCCUGCAAUUCAACAAAUAGAUUGCUUGAGACUUGAAAAGAGGCUUGAUGAAGAAUUGCUUUAUCUUCGUGAUGCUCCUCUAGAAUAUAGUACGUUCCCAUUUGAUAUGGAACCGGAAUAUUUGCCAGAAGGUGCCAAAGUUCCAGUAAAUGACAUUAAAAUACCGCUGAAUCCUCCACCAUGGGUGAUGAGAUGGGAAAGAAAAGAACUAAAAGGAAUUCAAGAUGUUAUGCCUCUUAUUAGUGUAAAAAGGAAGAAAAAAUCUACAAUUGAAGCUAAACCUUGGGAAAGAUAUGAUCUAAUGAAGAUUUACAGGGAAACUAUUCCCCAAGAGGAGCAAAUGGUAAUAUUUUCUGAAAUAUAUUCCGAGUUACACGCACUUGAAGCUACGCAACACAAAAUAGCACGCAAGCGUAUAUUUGUUCGUCCUAAGAAAACUGGUUAAAAGCGUAGAGAUAAGCUCAUUUGUUAUUGCAUACUAACAAUAAACAAUUCUAUACAUGAA